GGGGCCUCGGCCAAUGGAAGGCGGUGUUGUUGGCGGCCACGGCGGCGCAGCCCCUGGAGCGAGCAAGGCCACUGCCGCCGCCGCUGCCGCAGCCGCAGGAGGCGUGAGGAGUGGACGCGAGGCGCUUGCCCGGGUUGACAUUACAUGGUGUCAGGAGUGGCAUCUGAAGGAGCCAGCCACUGAGGAGUGACGACCCCCAGAAUCGAGCAAGGUACCCAUAUCUGAGCCCUUUGUGCUCUUCACUUCCGCGAGUCACCGUAACUUUCAGUUUGGAGAUCAAAACAUUCAGAUGGCAGAUAACAGUUUUUCAGAUGGUGUUCCUUCAGAUGCCUUGGAGGCUGCUAAAAAUGCAAGUAACACAGAAAAGCUCACUGAUCAGGUGAUGCAGAAUCCUCAAGUUUUGGCAGCUUUACAGGAACGGCUUGACAAUGUCUCCCACACUCCUUCAAGUUACAUUGAGACUUUGCCGAAAGCCGUGAAGAGAAGGAUCAACGCGCUGAAGCAGCUGCAGGUGAGGUGCGCCCACAUAGAAGCCAAGUUCUACGAGGAGGUGCACGACUUGGAGAGGAAGUACGCCGCCCUGUACCAGCCCCUCUUCGACAAGAGAAGGGAGUUCAUCACGGGGGACGUGGAGCCGACGGACGCAGAGUCGGAGUGGCACAGCGACAGCGGGGAGGAGGAGAAGUUGGCUGGAGACAUGAAAAAUAAAGUAGUCCUAGCAGAAAAAGAAGCAGCAACAGGAGAGGAGCCAAACCCCAGAGGAAUUCCAGAGUUCUGGUUUACCAUCUUUAGAAAUGUAGAUAUGCUAAGUGAAUUAGUCCAGGAGUAUGAUGAGCCGAUCUUGAAGCACCUGCAGGAUAUUAAAGUGAAGUUUUCAGACCCUGGGCAGCCUAUGUCUUUUGUAUUAGAGUUCCACUUUGAACCCAACGACUACUUUACCAAUUCAGUCCUGACAAAAACAUACAAGAUGAAGUCAGAGCCGGAUAAGGCCGAUCCCUUUUCCUUCGAAGGUCCUGAAAUAGUUGACUGUGACGGGUGUGCUAUUGACUGGAAGAAAGGGAAAAAUGUUACAGUCAAAACAAUCAAGAAGAAGCAGAAACAUAAGGGCCGAGGCACAGUGAGAACAAUUACCAAACAAGUUCCCAACGACUCGUUUUUCAACUUUUUCAGCCCGCUGAAAGCGUCUGGGGAUGGAGAGUCACUGGAUGAAGACUCGGAAUUCACAUUAGCCUCUGACUUUGAAAUCGGACACUUCUUUCGUGAGCGGAUAGUCCCGCGGGCCGUGCUCUACUUCACAGGGGAGGCCAUAGAGGAUGACGACAACUUUGAAGAGGGUGAGGAAGGAGAGGAGGAGGAGUUGGAAGGCGACGAGGAGGGGGAGGACGAGGACGACGCCGACGUUAACCCUAAGGUGUAAUUUUUGUCUGUUAUUCAUGCAUUUUUAGAAGGAGCCCAGCCAGCCGUCCGAGUGCAAACAGCAGUGAGGAGCGAGCACCCCGCAGGUGUGGCGUCGGGACACGUGGCGGCCGCGCCACCGUAUGGGCAGUGCUUCCUUCUAACUUGUUCUCGAGUGCAUGAUUUUGACUUUAACUUUUCCUUUAUCCUAAUUAUUUUGCUUAACCUGUACAGUGGCAACUUAAAUGCAUUUCAGAAAUAGGAGGUUUGAUUCCAGCACCCUCUACAGCCUUGGGUGCGGCUCAGUGGACUUUCCCAGGCCCGGCCUUCAGGAGGGCCCCAUAGACCCCAGGGGGAGGGGGCGGCAGGUCAGUCAAUGCCAAGGGCAGAUGUCUUGGGAUGUGUGUGGAGCUGUUGGCUACGGGGCACGUAGAACCAGUCACAUCGCUCCGCAGUCGGACUGGACGUUGCCUUCACUUGAAGAAACCCACGCGCUUUGUGUCUCCCACCACGUGGUCUCCUGUGCUCUAACGGUCUCAGAAGAGCUGUGUAGAGUAGGGUCCUGUUCUCUUUAGAGCGUUCUUUCUCUGGUUCUGUCUUCCUCAGGGUGGGGUAGGGGUUGUGGUGCACCCCAACCCUGAGGCGUGAGUGUUUGUGGUUCAUCUUCGUAUUUAUUUAUUCUUCCCUGCUAGUGAGGGCUUGGGACGCAUGCUGUCACUUGUCCUUACACUUUCUGAAACCAUGUGUGUGACCUGGUGACUUGCCAGGCAGGAGUGGUGGUGGCUCCCAAGGGAGUGAGGCCUGUGGAGAAGGAACCUCGCUCCAUCCUGCCCACGGCUGAGGGCAGGAGCUCGUUUUCACGACAUACAGACCACCCGGCUUUGGGGGUGGGGUGCGGGGUUGUGGGCCGAGUGCCGGGGUUUGCCAGGCUUCUGUGGUGAGGGGCCAGGACUGGGAAGCACUGCUCUCCUUCUAGUGUGGACACGUCGAGUCUUGCUUUCUCAGUACCCCCCGCUUCUUGGCCCCGUGCUCAUCUUGUCUUAAAAGCCCUGGGUUCAGAGCGACCUGUUCUUGGCUGGCGUGUGGGGUUUCCGAGUGUGUGACCACAGUCUCUGGCAGCCGGGGAUGCUGUGUCCACACUGUGUCCAGGCCUGUAGAGUGCUCAGCCUUACUUAUAACACAUUUGUAACUGAAUACAGUGUUUUCAAUUUGUACAGAAUAGUUAGAAUAUUCUAUUAAAGUUGUGAAACAUGAACCCA